AAUUUGGCGCGUUUGGUUGCUCUAUGACUAUGAUGCUCAAGACGCAGGAUACGGCUGCGGCUUGCGAACCAUCAUCCAAGAGCGAUGCCGUGCAGGUUGCCGUCCGCGUGCGACCUUUGAGCACUAUUGAGGCUUCGCAAGGCUCGAAAGUCUGCGUACACGUUGAGGAUGCCAACGUCCUGCUGGCUGACAAGUGUUUCCACUUCGACGCUGCAUUCCCACCGACGACGCAGCAGGUGUACUGGCGAAAAAAUGCAAAGCCGAUGCUAUUUUACGCAUGUGUUAACAUCGCUAUGCUCGCUGCAAUGAAUUUGAUGCAGGAGAUCAUCUACACAACACUGGUCGCCCCGAUAGUCGACCAGUUCUUCAGUGGCUACAACGCAACCGUGUUUGCGUACGGCCAGACCGGAUCUGGCAAGACGUAAGUGAAGAUCAAGAAGUGACCUGGUGAUUAUCUAAUUUACGCUUGCGCUGCAAAGAUUCACAAUGGGCAACGACUUCGGAUCAAGCGCUGCUCUUAGCAACCGUGGUGUCAUUCCGCGUGUUAUAGAGACUGUUUUUAAGAGAAUAAACGCCUCAAGAAGCUCGCAACGUUUUGUUAUUAAGUUGUCGUAUUUGGAGAUCUUAAACGAAGAAAUUCGUGACCUCCUUCCCAAGAUUUCCUCGGAUAAAUUACGCCAGAUGCUGUCCGUACGAGGCGAUGGGGAUCGAGGGAUUAUCGUUCAUGGACUUCAAGAACACACAGUGAAGUCGGCUGACGAAGCGCUGAAGCUACUUCGCUCUGGUGCAGUAUCACGUGCUACAGCUGCAACAAGUAUGAACGGCAAGUCAAGCCGCUCACACGCUAUCUGUACAAUAUCAAUGGAGUAUCGUGAGGCCGCGGACGGCGUCAAGGAGACGCGAUUUUCCAAGUUCCACCUCGUGGACUUGGCCGGCUCCGAACGCGUGCGACGUACCAACACACAAGGAGCUCGGUUCAAAGAGGGUGUGAGCAUUAACCGGGGGCUAUUAGCUCUAGGCAACGUCAUCAAUGCACUGUCGGAGCGCAACCGGACCGCACAUGUUCCUUAUCGAGACUCCAAGCUCACGCGCUUGCUUCAAGACAGUCUCGGUGGUAAUGGCAAGACACUUAUGAUUGCAUGUAUCAGCCCAGCCGACGUGAACCAGGAGGAGACCACCAAUUCACUACGGUAUGCUGCACGAUCAAGGAAAAUCGAGAACCAAGCAGUCAUCAACACGGACAGGAAUGAGGUGGAGCUUCAACGACCCGAUAUUUCUCGUUCUAGCGCUGUCAGCUCUCUCGAGGAAGCUAAUCGGAGGCUGACGGAAGAACUUCGACUCGCAAAUGCGGCUAAGUACAAGUGGAAAAGAAUCGCUGAGGAGCUGAGUAAAGAACUGCAGGUAUUGAAGGAUCAAGCCUCAAAGAAACCUGCUAAAAAGCGAAAGAAACGGGAGUCCUACGAAACGAUGGAGACGUUUUUCAGCAGUAGCGACGAAGAAGAAGACAACAUUGAAAACGAUCCGGACUACGUGAAUGACGAACAUCGAAGCAGCAAGAGAAGUAAAGUUAACAAUUCCUCAGUCACUGAUGACGUAAUGGACGAAAUCGACGAGAUGCUGGAGACCAGUGCAGCUUCCUGUUGCGCUUGUCAAGGCAAAUGUGCAACGAAGGCAUGCGCUUGCAAGUCGCAGAGUCGUGUUUGUAGCACUGAAUGUUCGUGCCAUUCAGAGAAAUGCAGGAAUCGUCAGCAUGAAGACACACAAGGUGACACUCCGCGUGUCGAUCAUCACGAAGGAGCUGAAUUUGCGGCUCCAUCAACUCCAACGAGGCAGGACGCACUUCAAACUGUUGUCACGACAACACCUGUGAUCGACUUGAUGUCACCGUAACCCCUGUGAUAAAGACUCAGGUUAAUUCAUGCAUUAGUUGACCGCUAUAUUGCUCACUUGCUGCGUUCAUGAAGCGACAAAACGUCUACAGUGCAAACCUUUUUACCUCAU